AUGAUGGCCGAAAAUCGUCGUUUAUCACUCCUGAGUUCUCAUCUGACUUCUAGGCUUCCACCUAUUGUUCACGAUAGCUCUCUUGAUGAUUUUCGUAAACGAGGAAAAACACUUGAUAAAUCCCCUUACUCCACCUCUGUGAGCGAACAAACCCAUUGGGAAAUCCCUAUUUUUUGCCCAAAAACACACACUCCUUGAGCGAACAAAAAUUAUUUUAAUAUAAAAAAUUUGAUAUAUAAGUGAUAAUUAUUAUAAUGUAAUCUCUAGCUAAUUCUGUUUAAUUUUAAACAGCUUGCAUUUUAAAACAUAACUUUUGCAAAUUAAUCCAAUUUUUGAGAAUGGGAUUUUUUAAAUUUAUGAAUUUUUAAAAAAAAAUUCACCACUCUUCGUGAGCAAACAAAAGAUUUUUUUUCGCUUGCGGAGGGAGAUUUAGUUAUCAAGCAAAACCAGUAAAAAAUUCCUUUUUUUAAAGGAAAAUUAAUAAAUUAUAUAUUGAUAUUAAUAUAAUAAAAUAUAUUUUAAUAGAUAGUUAGUGAUUAUUAUAAUAAAACCUGAAGCAAAUCUUAAGUUUUAAUUAAAAUUAAUAAAAUCCCAAAAAUUGUUUUAUAAUAAUUUCAAAACAAACUGACUUCCCUCUCUUACUUAUCAAGAUGAGUAAGGACUUUUUAUUAAAAAAUUACCUUGGAACAGCAUAUGAAGCAGUGAUGAUUGCCCGCCGUCAUAUGACAAAUAAUCCGUUAUUUAACUUAUUAGACGAAACUGACUUUACAAGAGCAGAACUAAGAGAGCGCGUCGUUCAACAAUUAGCUGAUAUUCUCUCUAACAACCCCUACCAUAAACCUUCUUUAUCAAUCAGCCCUAUUUCUAUAAAAUUUAUCCACAAUUUAUCCAUACCCAACUCCUAAUUUUCCUACCAAAAAUAUUUAUUUUAAAUUCAACCUGAGCUAUGAGCGUGACGCAGUUGAGCCGCUCGCCAGAAGCGACACUUUAUGUGCUGUCGGAGAAUAUGACCUCCAGCUCCCCACAAGACUGAUAAUCCAUCUACUUCUCUAUAUAGAUUCCAUUCAAAAUCUCGGUACUCAAAAGCACGUAGAAUACGCCCGAAGGGCUUUCCAACUAGUGGAUUAUGGCAGUUUUUCAAUGACUGAGCUAGGCCACGGCUCAAAUGUAGCCUCUUUAGAGACAACUGCAACUUAUGAUAAAAAUACAAGGGAAUUUGUAUUUAACUCGCCUACAUUUACGUCAGCAAAAUGGAUGGUUGGUGCUAUAGGCAAAACUGCUAAUAUGACCGUAUGUUUUGCACAGUUGAUAGUUGAUGACGUCAAAAGAGGUGUCCAUGUAUUUUUGAUACCUAUCAGAGACUAUAAUACUCAUGAACCUUUACCUGGACUUGUAUUAGGAGACUGUGGCAAAAAAAAUGGCCUUGAAGGAGUUGACAACGGUUUCGCUUACUUCAAAAACUAUAGGGCUCCUUAUGACUGCCUCCUCGAUAAGUACGCUUCUAUUACCCCAGAUGGCAAAUACAAAAGUGCUAUCAAAAAUAAAGAAAAAAGACUUGCCGUUAUGUUAGCUGGACUUAUAAAAGGCAGAGCCUCCGUAGUCUGCAGCUGUGAAGAAUACAUGAGGAAUAACCUUACAAUCGCUUUAAGAUAUGCCGCAAUUAGAAAACAAUUCGGGCUCUCAGAAGGCUCAGAAGUGGCUUUACUUGACUAUCAGCUACAUAGAUACCGUCUACUUCCACAUUUAGCCAAAAUGUUCGCAGUCAGGACUGGGUAUUUAUUUUUAUGUGAAAAUUAUGUCAGGAUUAAAAGCAAAGUAGAAGAAGACCCAGAAUGUUUGGAAUUGGCCGAACAUCAUGCUAUUUUGAGCGCGCUAAAAGCAUUGGCAAGCUGGUAUGGAAUGGCUUGUACCCAGGAAUGCAGAGAAUCAGCUGGUGGGUCAGGAUAUUCUUAUUAUUCAGGCUUGGCGAGGAAUAGAAACAGCCAAGAUGUCCAUAUUACAUGGGAAGGAGACAGCUCAGUUUUAAUACAGCAGGCUGGGAGGUUUAUAUUGAAAAGUAUGCAGAAGAUGAUGAAAGGGCAAAGAGUAAACGUAGAGUCCUUAAAGUUUUUAAAAGGAGAUGUAGGGGCUGUAGAGUAUAAGGUUAAAUUUGAGACUGCCCAAGAGCUUGAAAAUGAAGGGGUAUUAGAUGAAUUAUGCUGACUUUAUAUAGGUUUCUCUAUAAAAUUGAUAUAAAAUCUUAUUUUAAACAUAAAUAAAACCAUUUUAAUUAGCUUUAUUUAUAUAGGAGGAUAUACUUGAAUUUUACAUUAAUGCAAUUCUUCAUAGAACAAUGAUGAAACUUCAAGAAAACGCAACAGACGCCAAAGAUAUGGUCGACGCUUGGAAUAAAACCCAAGCUUUCGGAAUCCAGGACUUAGGAAAAGCAUUUGGAGAAUACAUAAUGACUAGGGAACUGCUGAAAUUUGUAAAAGUCAUUGAAAAUCAUAGCUCAGUCACAGGAGCACAAAUAAGAAAUAUUUUCUAUUUAUAUGUGAUUGGAGUUGUCGAGAAGAAUUUAACUGUUUUUGUGGAAGGAGGUAUGAGUCCUGCACAAGCUAAAACUGUAAGGGAUGCAAUUCUGCAGCUUUGCAAUCAGGUUGCUGAGGAAAGUGGCUUAAACUUAAUUAUUUAGUUUAUAGUGUUUAGUGUCCAGGAAUAGGGUUUUAAGCCAAAAUUAGACAUUAUCAGCCAUUCUGUCGCUUAAAAUGGCACGCCAUAUGGGCAGAGAUUCCUUUGCUGGUCUCACUGUUUUGGCUGUACAUCUCAUUAGGAACCUUUUUGUCGCGUGAAACUCUAUGCGUUACGCCUAAAAAUUGCCUCAUCUAAUGCUGAGUGGAUAAAUUCUAAACCUUCAAAAUACCCCAAAGGAUAAGAGAAGGGGCUAUUGACCUCCCAUAGCUUAUCUGAUAUAGCUGGAUAAGGAUUCCCUGGGGAAACUUAACAAAUCGAGCUCAAGAGAAGAAAUUUCGCUCGCGAAAUUUCACAUACACCGUCAUUUUAUUAUUCUGAAGAUAGUAUCAAUAUAAUUGAUGCUUUAGCUCCUAUUGAUAAUGUGCUGGGAUCAACUCUUGGACACUCUGAUGGGCAAGCUUAUACAAGGACAUUACAGAAAGCGGAGGCGACUCCUUUUGUGUACGAUAAAGCUCCAUGGUUUCCAUUAGUUCAAAAAGCGAGAGAGAUCGGCAAGAAAAGGCUUUAG